AUGCAUUUCACGCAAACCAGUCUAUGCGAGAGACCAGUGGACGGAGUAAGUGACACCAAGGGAGCUCAUGGAAUUUCUCAGAUGAGCAAGGCAAGAGCUAUUUAUGGAGGUGAUUCCAGUAUCAGACCUAAAGGAAAAAAGAACAAAGCCAUAGCCUCCACCACCAGAUCUGCUUCACAUGCACUACUUCAUGUAACUAUUGCAACUCUGGUCUACUUUUUCUUGUACUGA